ACACAUUUUAGAUAAGGACAAUUAGUCACUCGCGAGACCCAGUAGGGAGAGGCUUAAAUCAGAGAGAUUUAAUGAGGGUGCUCCGUGCCUUCCCCGAAGCCAUGCCCUCUAGCGACUCCCGCCCCCCUGCGUGCCUAGCCCUGGUGGCUCUCUCCAUGGCUCUGUUGCUCCAUCUCUCCCUUUCCUCCCAAGCUGGAGAUAGGAGACUCUUGCCUGUAGACAGAGCUCCAGGUUUGAAGGAAAAGACCCUGAUUCUACUUGAUGUGAGCACCAAGAACCCAGUCAGAACAGUCAAUGAGAACUUCCUCUCUCUGCAGCUGGAUCCGUCCAUCAUUCAUGAUGGCUGGCUCGAUUUCUUAAGCUCCAAACGUCUGGUGACUCUGGCCCGGGGACUUUCACCCGCCUUUCUGCGCUUCGGGGGCAAAAGGACCGACUUUCUGCAGUUUCAGAACCUGAGGAACCUGGCGAAAAGCCGAGGGGGCCCGGGCCCGGAUUACUAUCUAAAAAACUAUGAGGAUGACAUUGUUCGAAGUGAUGUUGCCUUGGAUAAACAGAAAGGUUGCAAGAUUGCACAACAUCCCGAUGUUAUGCUGGAGCUCCAAAGAGAGAAGGCAGCUCAGAUGCAUUUGAUUCUUUUAAAGGAGCAAUUCUCCAAUACUUACAGUAAUCUUGUAUUAACAGCCAGGUCUUUAGAUAAACUUUAUAACUUUGCUGAUUGCUCUGGACUCCACCUGAUAUUUGCUCUAAAUGCACUGCGUCGUAAUCCCAAUAACUCCUGGAACAGUUCUAGUGCCCUGAGUCUGUUGAAGUACAGUGCCAGCAAAAAGUACAACAUUUCUUGGGAACUGGGUAAUGAACCAAAUAAUUAUCGGACCAUGCAUGGCCGGGCCGUCAAUGGCAGCCAACUGGGAAAGGAUUACAUCCAGCUGAAGAGUUUGUUGCAGCCCAUCCGGAUUUACUCCAGAGCCAGCUUGUAUGGUCCUAAUAUCGGGAGGCCCAGGAAGAAUGUCAUCGCCCUCCUGGAUGGAUUCAUGAAGGUGGCAGGAAGCACAGUGGAUGCAGUUACCUGGCAACAUUGUUAUAUUGAUGGCCGCGUGGUCAAGGUGAUGGACUUCCUGAAAACUCGCCUGUUAGACACACUCUCUGACCAGAUUAGGAAAAUUCAGAAAGUGGUUAAUACCUACACUCCAGGAAAGAAGAUUUGGCUUGAAGGUGUGGUGACCACCUCGGCUGGAGGCACAAACAAUCUAUCAGAUUCCUACGCUGCAGGAUUCUUAUGGUUGAAUACUUUGGGGAUGCUGGCCAACCAGGGCAUUGAUGUAGUGAUACGGCAUUCAUUUUUUGACCAUGGAUACAAUCACCUCGUGGACCAGAAUUUUAACCCAUUGCCAGACUACUGGCUCUCCCUCCUGUACAAGCGCCUCAUCGGGCCCAAGGUCUUGGCUGUGCAUGUAGCUGGGCUCCAGCGGAAGCCAAGGCCUGGCCGUGUGAUCCGGGACAAACUGAGGAUUUAUGCUCACUGCACAAACCACCAUAACCACAACUAUGUUCGUGGGUCCAUUACGCUUUUUAUCAUCAACCUGCAUCGAUCAAGAAAGAAAAUCAAACUGGCUGGAACUCUCAGGGACAAGCUUGUCCACCAGUAUUUGCUGCAGCCCUAUGGACAGGAGGGCCUGAAGUCCAAGUCUGUGCAGCUGAAUGGCCAGCCCUUAGUCAUGGUGGACGACGGGGCCCUCCCGGAAUUGAAGCCCCGCCCCCUGCGGGCCGGCCGGACAUUGGUCAUCCCUCCGGUUACCAUGGGCUUUUAUGUGGUCAAGAAUGUUAAUGCGUUGGCCUGUCGCUACCGAUAGAGCACCCUGCACUUGCCAGCUCCCCGGGGGCCUGCCAGACUGCUCUCCAGCCUCCCAGCCUCGUAGUAGCCUUACUCUCCAAACCUCUCCGCCGCCAGUUCCACUGUCCCUACUGCCGUCCACACAGACCUGCUCUCUGCAGAUUCUUAAUGCUGUAGCCUGAGCUUAGCCUAGCUAGAGCACACAGCCUGGGCGGAAACCAUGGCCAUUGUCUGUUGCUACAUCAGGACUGAGGUCCUCAAGUAGAGCUGUGCGUUCCCAUUUAUGCUCACCAGGCCAGACAUUGCCAACGCCUUUUCCCCACCCCCCAGUCUCACACACACACACACACACACACACACACGAACAGUGUGGUCCUACACCCUCAACCCUAGCCUUUGCAGUUGCUGCCCUCAACAGGAAACAGACCUACAAGAGCUCAACCGUUCUAAUUCCCUCCCCUUUGUUUGCUUCCUGCUGAUGCCCUGGGUUUGCUUACACCUCUCUCUGCUUGGAGGGGCAAGUGGGUGAGUCAGCUCUGGCCUGCUGGGUGAGCUGUUUGUGUCGUUUCUUGGCUGAUGUAUGAGUGUGUGCAUCUGGGUUUCUGACAGUGGCAUCCAUCACCCGCUGUUCCUCUGGGAAACGGGGGCUUCACAAGUAGAAUUACACGCGCGUUCCGGACUCUGUGUUAAGGCACUAUUCCUCGGUGACUCCAGAUUCCCCCAGGCUUGGAAUGGGAGUCAGGUAACACUAUCUGUUGAGUGUAGAGCAAUGUAUUAGGCUCCCCCAAAGCAAUCACCAUCCUUCAUGCUGCUGUGGAGGAGAGGGUUU